AUGGCGACACAACUAUUAGAAUGCUUCGAGGUUGUCAGCCUUACGCAUGUGCCAAGAAUGGAGAAUCAAGAAGCCAACGAGUUAACACAAAUCGCCUCUAGGUACAAGGUAUCGAAAGAAAAGCUCAAGGAUUUUAUUGAGAUAAAGGAAAAGAUGGUGUCAAAUUUCUCGCCGUCACCUAAUAUGGCAAUCCCAAAAACUAGGGGGACAAAGGUCUUCAGCAAUAAAUUUCUUGAAAUUUUCAAAAAAAUUGCAAGGCAUGAGGUUUUUGCCAUUUACAAUUUGUCGCAAUCAGAUUGGAGGAAACCAAUCAUAGAGUACUUAGAAAAUCCAUUCAAAAACACCGACAGGAAAAUCAAGUAUAGAGCUUUAAGUUAUGUACGCCUAGGAAAUGAGUUGUUGAAGAAAACUCUAGAAGGAAUAUUGCUCAAGUGUCUUGGAAAUACAGAAACUUACUUGGCAAUAUCUGAGGUAUACAACGGAACCUGUGGGGCACACCAAGCAGGCCAUAAGAUGAAAUGA